AUUUGAUCACGGCAUCGAGUUCUUCGACCAACGCACGUGAAUCCCCUUCCUAACACCAAGCAUAUUACGACUUCCUCGGCAUUCCUCAUUCCCGGCCUACUCGUUCACACACAACCUUCGAUGCCAACACGUCAGCUGUGGUCCAGUGUGGUGCUGGCUGCACUUGCGUUUGCGCGAGCGUCACAUGCCCAGAUGUCGUCGUCGACGCCGCUCCAAUUCAACUGGUACGCGUGUCCAUUUCAGACGGCAGAAGACGGCGCCCACGACGACGUGAAUGCCACGCCAGCCGAAUGUGCGGAUGUAGCCAUGCCGCUGUGUUAUCCUGGCGUGUGCACUUCGACGAAAACCAUCAAUGUGUUUGUGAAGCGGUUGCUGGCAGUCAACCCACCGCCAGACAAGCAGCCACGGGCCAUGUGGAUGGUGCAAGGCGGCCCUGGCUUUGGCUCGCCUAGCUAGCCGGGACUGCUGGACGCGUACGAAGCAUUCAACGGCACGUUGAGCGUGUACACCAUCGAUCAUCGAGGCACGGGCCGGAGCUCGAUCUUGAACUGCACGUCAAAUGGUGACCAGCCAAAGGGCAAUCUGAACCAGUGGCAGGCGCUGGCUAAAUGCCACCGGCAGCUCAAAGCGCUUUACGGGGAGACGAGUGGGCCGAUAGGGUUCUCGGUUACCAGCGCCGCUAUGGACAUCGCGACUGUGAUCCAAGCGCCGACCUUGUUCAACGGCACGGACGUGUUUGUGUACGGCGUGAGCUUUGGCACGUACACGGUGGCUCGCGUCAUGCAUUUGCAGCCAUCCAACGUCAAAGGGUAUGUGCUCGACAGCAUCCAGUCGGAGGAAUUUGGAACUACCAAGGCCGCGCCGUACUAUUCCAACUGGGACCGCGACGUCGGGGAUGCAGUCGACCAGUACUUUGCCCACUGCGACAAGGAUGCGUUUUGUGCCUCUAAACUCGGCCAGCCAUCGUCUAAGCAAGCCCUCGUCGACGUGUACGCCGCGCUGGACGCCAAGUCCAGUCCAUGUUAUGACGUCCUCGCAGCUACUGCCACCGCCGCCACUCCGUCCGAGUACGUUGGCUCGACUUUGUACACCAUGCUCGGCGACAAGAGCACGUGGUCGCUGAUCGCGCCGUUCAUUUUUCGUCUACGCCGGUGUAGCCAGGACGACGUCGACAUGUUUGGCAACGUCACCGCCGUACCCAACGCGAUGAUGCAGACGUCGAUGAUGUCAACGUCGUCAUUGCCCCUCUUUGUCUUGCCUCCGAAUCGGGGCAGCGCGUACUUGAAGGACGAAGGCUUUUCCGCAAUCCUGUACAACUUGAUCGUGUUUAGCGAAUUGUGGGAGUUCCCGGCACCUACCCUCGAAACGAUGGCGGCUGCGACAACGUCUGCCCUCUUUGGCUUGAAAAAUACCAAACGGCUACCCGACGCCUUCCAUGAGCUGUGCGUGUACAUCCAAAACAACGACCCCGUGUGCCAAGGCUACCCAGCUUACGAGAGCGGCGCUGGCUUUAUAUAUCCGAAGGACAAGUACUGGAACAAGACCGCAGCCGUCCCCCCCGGCGCGUCGGUGCUGCUGCUCAGUGGCCUCAUGGAUCCGGCCACGCCGGCGAAAUACGCUCGCGAUCAAUUCGUCAACAUGAAGGGUUUGGACAAGCUGCUGCUGCAGUUUCCGUUUGGCGGGCACGGCACCCUUAGCACUACCCCGCUAGCCGACCAGCCAAACGUAGACUGCGCCAAUCAAAUCUUUUACGCGUACAUACAACGUCGCGGCAAGUUGCAAGCGUUGGACACGACCUGCGUGGCCAAAGUCCAAACUUUGGAUUUUCAAAAAGUACUCAACUCGGAUCGCGCCACCGCCAUCUUCGGCACCGAUGGCGACGUGUGGGGCCCCAACUCGCCGCCGCUACCUCCCCGUCCAACGACUCCCCGCACAGAACUGCCGUCCCGCUCCCCCAAAACUGUCGCCCCGGCUUCCAGUACCCCCCGUGCUGCUGCUGUAGUCCCCUUAGCUGUCAUCGUGUCCUUUGUCGUGCUGUACAUGGUGCCAGAGGGCUUGUAGUGGUUGGCGUUCAAUUUAUAUUGCAGGUGGUGGGAUUCACAGUCAAUUGGCCAUAAAUUCAACUAAUAGACUCGGUAUAUAUUAAUAUUCGU